AUGAAAAAAGCUGAAUUUUUUGAAAUUGUUCAAAAUGAUUCUUCUUCAAUAACUGGAAAUUCAUUAAAUGAGAGUUCUUUUAAUUGUAGUUUAGAUUUCAAAGAUGAUAAAAAAAAAAAUGUUCAUGAAAAAGACAAUAUAGAUAUUUCUUAUAAUAAAAUAAAUAAUUUGUCUAAAAAGAAUGCUUUAAAAUUUCUGGGUAUAUUUAAUAAAAAAAAAACCGAAAAAUUACAUAUUAAAAAUAAUAUGUGUGAAAGCACUCUUGAUGCAUAUAAUAAUAAGUGUGCUAAUAUAGUAAUAAAAAACAAUGAAACAAAUGACCCAAUAAUAAAGGGUAUUAAUAUCGUUAAUAAAAUAAACUCGGUUGUAAAAGAUAACAUUGAAAAUGGAAAUAAUAUAUAUAAUGAUAAUAAAUUAAAUUUUAAUGGUUAUAUAAAUAAUGAUGAUCAUGUAAAUUAUAAUAAUGAAUAUAAUAAUAAUAAUAAUAAUAAUAAUAAUACGUAUGCCUUAAAAAAUGAAAAAAAAAAUACUGACAAUAAAGCACAUUAUAAUAAUGAAUUUUAUUGUUUGAAACAAAUAGUUGAUAACAACUUAAAUAAUAAUUAUGAUAAAAAUGAAAUAAAGCUUUUCAAUAUAUAUCAUGAUAAUAGAGCAGAAUGCUUAUUUCAUGAUAUUAGUAUAAUUAAAUUUUAUGCAUAUAAUAAUAUUUGUAUAUAUGAAAAUAAGGAUUAUAUAUAUAAUGAAAUUAAUACGUAUUUAUUCGAAUGUCCUAAUGGACCUAAAAAAGCAGACACAUUUAAUAUAAAUGAUGAUAUUUAUGAAUAUUUAUAUAAUGAAAAAAUAAAAUUAAAAAAUAAAGAUAAAAUCUAUAAAGAAAAUGAUAAUCACAAUAAUAAUAUGUUUAAUAAUUGUGAUAGUGAAAUACGAAAGGAAGACAACCAAAUACAAUGUCUUCAAUUUUAUAUACAUAAAUAUCCUUCUUUUCUAAAAGAUAAAAUAAAAGCCUUUAUUCAUAUAUAUAACAUGUUUAGUAUUUAUCCAUAUAUUAAUAAUAAUUUUAUACAAGAUCAUAUGUAUUAUGAAAAUAUUAAAAUUGUUUAUCAUUCUGAAAAGGUUGUAAAUAUUCAAUGGAAAUAUUAUGAUAUAAAUGAAUUAACAAAUAUUUUAAAAAAAUAUGUUUUGCCUAAGAAAUUGAGCGAAAACUCUUUAGAACAACCUUUUAUACAAAUUAAUGAUUAUAUAUAUAUUAAUUUUUUAACACAAGAAAUUAAAAUGAUAGAUAUCAAUUCUUAUCAAAUAAACAAUAAUUAUAUUAUCUUAAACGGUAACGGACUUUGCUUUUCAGCAUAUUAUCAUAUAUUAGUACCCCAUCAUAGACACAUUAAUGAAAACACAAAUGAUCAAAAUAAAAAUUAUCAUUUAAGUUAUGAAUAUGUUUUUAUAUCUCAGUUAUUUAAUAUUUAUGAUAAUUUUCAUAUAUGUUUUUUGUAUCCACUUUUUGUUACCUACUUUUUUUAUUACCACCUUUUUGUAAAACACAAAAUGGAUAAUUUGAAAAGAGGGAAUAAAAAUGAAUACUCCGAUAUGAAUAAAAAAAAAACAAAUGUAUACAUGGAGGAGAGAAAAAUGACAUAUAUAGGUCAUGAAAAAAUAUAUACCACUAAUGAAGAACAAAAUAUAAAAAAAGAAAUCCACACCUUUAAUGAAAAAAAUACUAUAAAUGAUGAUCAGAUAUAUGAAUCAAAUACGGAAGAGUAUAUAAAAUAUAAUAAUAACUAUGAAGAAUGUUACAUUAUUCAAUUAAAUGAUAUUUAUCUUAGAUUAUAUGAAUGUUUAAAAAAAAAAAACAUAUUAGAAAAUAUUAAGCCAAAUGAUAAUAUAAAAAAAAAGGGAUAUAUACAAUAUUUAUUACCUCAAAGUUGUUUUAAACAUUUUAAAAGUAUAGAAUUUAUUUUUAAAAGUCAAUCAUCUUAUUUAUUUAUGUUAUAUCUUAUAUGUAUUAGUAAAUAUGGUUUAGAUGAUAAGUCUAUAAUAGGACAUAAAACUAAUUUAAAUAAUAUAAACAUUUUAUAUUCCCAUAAUAAUAAUAAUAUUUAUAAUGAUAAUUUACAAAAUUAUAUAAAUCCUAAUAAAAUAAUAUCACAUUGUAACAAUAAAUCGUAUGAUGGUAUUCAAAAUGAUGAAUAUAUAAAUUCUUAUGAAAAUUUAUUUUGUUAUAAUGAUAUGAAAGAAAUAUCAAAUAUACGUAAUAUUUUUCCUGAUGAUAAACAAAAUUUUUUUAAUUCAUGUAACAAAAUUGACAAUAUUAUAAAAAUCAGUAUAAGAAAUAACGGUGUCUGUUUUUUUUAUAUUAAGGAUAUUGUGAAAUAUUUAUUUUUUUCCUAUUUCAUAAUUUUCAAUUCAAUGGAAAAUCUUAUACAAUUAAUGAAUAACAAACAUUAUAAAAAUGAUGUAGAAAUAUAUGAAGAUCAAAAGAUGUAUAAUGAAAAGCAUAAAUUAGAAAGUAAACAAAAUGAAUUGUUAUCAAAUUUAAUUCAUAAUAAUAGAAUGGGUUCCCAAUAUUGUUGUAUAACAUCCAGUGAUAUAAAUAAAAAUGAAAAUGAGUUAUCAAAAAAAAAUCAAGAAAUUCAAAUACUACAAAAGUGUAUCUUAAAUGAAGAUAUAUAUAAAUUAUGUAGCACAUCUAACAUUCCUAAUGAUAUAUAUAAUAAUAUAUAUAAUGAUUAUUAUAAUAAUAAACAUAAUUUUAAUUUUCCAAAUGUAAAUAAAAUAUUUGAAAUGGACAAUAUAAAAAAUAUUUAUAAUGACUUUUUUAUUUGUGAAAAUAAAAAUGUGAACAUUUUUAAAUUAAUUAAUAUAAUGAAUAAAGAAAAAAAGAAAAUCUUAACCCCAUAUUAUUUCAGUUUAAAUGAAUUAACUCCUCUUUUUUUCUUAAAAUUAUCAAAUAUACAUAUAUAUGAUAUUAAUAUACAAUUAAAUAAAGUCUUUCAAUACAUACAUUAUAAUAAUCAUACAUUUACUCCUUUUUUGACCGAUUCUCAAAAAAAGGAUGAAAUAAUGAAUGUACAAUUAGAUUUGUUAGAAAAUACUUAUAUUGUUAAUAAUGAAGUAUAUUUAUUAUAUAUAAAAAAAAUUAAUUAUAAUGAUGAUUUUUAUAAAUAUAAUUAUCUAUAUGUACAAGAUUAUUUAUUAAAAAAUUAUAUACUUUAUUAUAAUAUCUAUUUUUAUAUACAAGAUCAUUUAAAAAAAAACAAAUAUUAUAAAUUAAAAUAUACAAAUAUAAAUAAAGAAACAUUAAUUAUUCAUUUUACUGUAUCUUUUAAUUGUAUAUAUGAUCAAAUGAAAUUCAUCUAUCAAUUCAAACCACAACAAUAUAUUACUCACAUAGAAAAAAAUGAAAAGGUUAAUAUAACAACUGAACAAAAACAAAAAUAUAUAUCUUUUAUUGAUAAUUAUGUAUGUACAAAAUGUGUACAAUGA